UUUUAGUCGUUGACCUCAAUGUCACACAACAUGUUCACCUGCUGUCCGCCUUCCUCGCUACAAACCUCUUUCGAACUCCUCUGCCUAACUUCCGUAUUUGAUUAUUCUUGGGUCUGAAGAAUAGCGCAGGGCCAUGAGCUUGGAUCAGAAUCUGUUCACGCUAAAUAUCACACCGAGUACGGAGGACCCGAAUGUCAUCGACCUCGUGGACCCUGCGGGCACCAUUCACUAUCGAAGACACCGAGUUCCAGACAGCACCACGUAUAUAGUCAACGUGUAUGAUCCUACCACAGACUCCCUUCUGGUCACGGCUACUGCACCGCUCGCAACGAGCAAGCACAAGACUCUUCAACUACAUAACCCCAGUGUUGUCGUCGAGCUGAAAUAUACCGGAACCCUGACAUUCAAGUGGGGGUUCAAGUGGGAAGAUCAUGAGUUUGAAUGGCGGAGGGAAGAGUGCUACAUUCUACGGAAGCCUGAUCCUGCUGUCUUGGUGGCUGUUACGAAGGAGCCUGCGGGGAGAUUGAAGACUAGCACAGUGCAGAUACUGGACUACAACUUGAAUCGUUUCGAUAUAGAUGAUAGGAAGGGCCUCGAGAUUAUCAUUCUGACCGCGUUGCUCACAUUCCAAGACGUCAACGACGCUUACCACGCUCCGCGCGCCGAAGAUGCUGCCAUGUCCACGUCAGUACCGCCUGCAACUUCGUCCACGCUAACCAGUUUGCGCACCCUCGGGUUCGGCACUGGACGCCCUUCGCAAGAUGCAGUACCCACGCUGCCGCCGAAACCUCCACCGCGCGUUGGGAUCGAGCGCAUCGCUGAGAUGCACAUGCUGCGUACUUUGCAGGGCGAGGGUGAGGCGAACGAGCUGGAGGUGACUGAAGAAGGCAGUGUCGAGGAAUACGCGCAGUUUGCACAGCAGCUGCUUAGUGAUGAAGCGAUGCUCUUCGUGACCGUACGCUCAGCAUCUCCUGCGGAAGUGCCGAAAGUAUUGCGCGUCGUGGAAGAGACCAAACGCCUCCGGUAUAAGUCUGGCCUUGAUGAUGAAGAACUCCAUCAAUACGUUUCGUAUGACGCGGACAAGAAGUCCAAAGGCCCCCGGCGAAUCAAUUUGAACGAUCCCCGCCCCAAGGACAAACAGAGUGCAUACGCGCCUCCAAGUAGCCUGCUCGUGCACCUUAGCAAGAUCGACAUGCCUGAGCUUCAGCCGAAGGCUGAGGUGAAGGAUCCUGGCCCCGAGCUCGGGUGGAUCACCGGUGGAGGUCCCAGUUCGUAUGUGGACAAUGAUCCGGCCCUUCUAACGGAUUAUGAAAUGGGCGUGCUUCGAGAGAGGACGAAGGGUAAGAGUAACGAGAGAAAUCGAGCAGAGGAGAAAGUGCGCAAGCAGAUGGAGAGGGACCAGAAGCUAGCAGAGGCAGAGCAGAGGAAGGCGGACAAGGAGUACAAAAACCAAAACCCGUUUUCUCAUCCAGAGGCUAAUCGGCUCACAAAGCCUUCCGUGCGUAACUCGAAGUACCACGUCCCGCACUAGACACAUCCGUCCCGGCCUUUUCCCUCGCCCGCACAGCCGAACAAUCCAGGCAUAUAUGCCAC